AUGGAAUAUACAAAGGAAAAGAAAGUCGGUGAAGGUACUUAUGCGGUUGUUUACUUGGGUUCUCAACACUCUACUGGAAGAAAGAUUGCUGUAAAGGAGAUCAAAACAUCUGAAUUCAAAGAUGGUCUGGAUAUGUCAGCUAUACGUGAAGUUAAGUACCUACAAGAAAUGCAACAUCCAAACGUUAUUGAGUUAAUAGAUAUAUUUAUGGCUUAUGAUAAUUUAAACCUCGUUCUGGAGUUCCUACCCACUGACUUAGAGGUGGUAAUAAAAGACAAAUCGAUAUUGUUUACGCCGGCAGAUAUCAAGGCAUGGAUGCUUAUGACUUUGAGGGGCGUUUAUCAUUGCCACAGAAAUUUCAUUUUGCACAGGGAUUUGAAACCAAACAAUUUAUUAUUUUCACCAAAUGGCCAAAUAAAAGUAGCAGAUUUUGGUCUAGCAAGGGCUAUACCUGCCCCACACGAGAUACUGACAAGUAACGUUGUCACAAGAUGGUACAGAGCACCGGAACUUUUAUUUGGAGCCAAGCAUUACACAUCGGCUAUCGAUAUUUGGUCAGUGGGGGUUAUAUUUGCGGAGUUAAUGUUAAGGAUACCAUAUCUACCAGGACAGAAUGAUGUAGAUCAAAUGGAGGUAACGUUUCGGGCCUUAGGGACACCUACAGAUAGAGACUGGCCCGAAGUUUCUUCCUUUAUGACAUAUAACAAGUUGCAAAUAUACCCGCCCCCUUCAAGAGAUGAAUUGAGGAAAAGGUUCAUCGCUGCCAGUGAAUAUGCAUUAGAUUUUAUGUGUGGAAUGCUAAAGAUGAACCCACAAAAGAGGUGGACCGCUGUUCAGUGUUUAGAAAGUGAUUAUUUCAAAGAAUUACCACCACCCAGUGACCCCUCCACAAUAAAAAUACGUAGUUGA